ACAACUGAUCGUGUCCUUCCGGGGUGUUGCCUAUAAAAAAUAAAACACUGCCAAACCAAAUAACGUAUCUAGCGGUUGGGUUUUCUAGCUGAAACAUCGCACCAUUGUAUGAGGUAGAUGGUUUUUCCUUUUCUUUUCGCAUCAAGAUCCAUCAUCCACUCCCGAUGGAUGUAGCACGGAUUAACAUCAAAGAAGACUAGCUCUUUGAUCGCUUCGUAGGGGGGGAAGAUGUCCAAAAUACUUGAUGCAGCGUCCAGAGUGAAAUGGGACCGGAAGACUGCAGCGAAGCGAGCUAUCUUUCUCGCGGCCGCUGCCUACGCCGUGAAAACCCUGUACCCCAUCGUCUGCAAACAAUUCGUGAAACGGAAAGAAUGCAAGAAUACCAGGGGGUCUAAAGGAGAGGAAAAUGGCUCGACGGUUGGCGUUACAUUACAAACAGAUGCACUGAGUCAUAAAAAGUCGCCUGGGGUAAACGCUGAAUUUUUUAAGCAGAUACUUGAACUGAUCAAAAUCCUCUUUCCAAAGCUUGUCUCCAAAGAGCUCGGAUUGCUAUCUCUGCAUUCGGUCGCGUUGAUUUCCCGGACGUUUCUGUCUAUCUAUGUCGCUGGCUUGGAUGGCAAGAUUGUGAAAACAAUCGUUGAGAAAGAACCACGCAGCUUCAUCAUCCAACUGAUGAAAUGGCUCCUUAUUGCCAUCCCGGCCACAUUCGUGAACAGCGUUAUCCGCUACCUCGAGUGCAAGCUGGCCCUCGCCUUCCGCACUCGGCUAGUGGACCAUGCCUACACCACCUAUUUCACAGACCAGACCUACUACAAAGUCAGCAACAUGGACGGGAGACUGACCAACCCGGACCAGUCUCUUACCGAGGACGUAAUGAUGUUUUCCCAAUCCGUGGCGCAUCUCUACUCGAACCUCACCAAGCCCAUCUUGGAUGUGAUACUCACCUCCUACACCCUCAUCCAGACGGCCCGGUCCAGGGGGGCCAACGCCAGCGGGCCGACCCUACUGGCCGGGCUGGUGGUGUUUUGCACGGCCAAGGUUCUGAGGGCCUGCUCGCCGAAAUUCGGAAAACUAGUAGCUGAGGAGGCCCACAGGAAAGGCCAUUUGCGAUAUGUGCAUUCCAGGAUAAUUGCCAAUGCAGAAGAGAUAGCAUUCUACAGGGGUCACAAGGUGGAGAUGCGUCAGCUGCAGAAGUGCUACCGGGCCCUGGCGGAGCAGAUGAACUUGAUCCUGUCCAAGCGUCUGUGGUACAUCAUGAUAGAGCAGUUCCUCAUGAAGUACGUGUGGAGUAGCUGUGGACUGGUCAUGGUGGCUGUGCCCAUCAUCACCGCUACCGGCUUCGCUGACAGCGAGACUGCCGACGGUCAGACUCAGGUGCUGGUGAGCGAGAGGACAGAGGCUUUCACCACCGCACGCAAUCUCCUGGCCUCUGGAGCUGACGCUAUCGAGAGGAUCAUGUCCUCCUACAAAGAGGUCACAGAGCUGGCGGGCUACACAACGCGCGUCUACAACAUGUUCCUGGUGUUUGGUGAGGUGCAGAGGGGCGUGUACAAGCGUUCAUCCACAUCGACCACGGGAACAGGAGAGAAGAAGAACGUGGCCAGGCCAGAGAUGCACAUCGACGGGCCUUUGGAAAUCAAAGGAAGAGUCAUCGAUGUGGACAAUGGCAUUGUGUGUGAGAGUGUCCCUAUCAUCACUCCCAAUGGAGACAUAGUGGUCUCCAGCCUCAACUUCAAGGUGGAGGAAGGUAUGCACCUGUUGAUCACAGGUCCUAACGGCUGUGGGAAGAGUUCUCUGUUCAGGAUCCUCAGUGGGCUGUGGCCUGUGUAUGGGGGACUGCUGCACAAACCCUCCCCACAACACAUGUUCUACAUACCACAAAGGCCGUACAUGUCCAUUGGGACCCUGAGAGACCAGGUGAUCUACCCAGACUCUCUAAAAGACAUGCAUGACAGAGGCUACAGAGACAAGGACCUGGAGGUCAUACUGGACAUCGUUAACCUCAACCAGAUAGUGACUCGCGAGGGCGGUUGGGAUGCAGAGAUGGACUGGAAGGACGUGUUGUCUGGGGGAGAGAAACAGAGGAUGGGCAUGGCUCGCAUGUUCUACAACAGGCCAAAGUACGGCCUGUUGGAUGAGUGCACCAGUGCUGUCAGCAUUGACGUGGAGGGAAAAAUAUUCCAGGCUGCAAAGGAUGCUGGGAUAUCCUUACUGUCAAUCACCCACAGGCCCUCCCUCUGGAAGUACCACACCCACCUGUUACAGUUUGAUGGUGAGGGAGGAUGGAGGUUCGAGCAGCUGGACACCGCUACGCGUCUCUCCCUGACCGAGGAGAAACAGCGCCUCGAGUCCUCACUUGCAGGAAUACCCAAGAUGCAACACAGACUCAACGAACUCUGCAAGAUCCUGGGAGAGGACUCAGUCCUCAAAACAGCCGACACAGCAGAGGAGUGAAAGAAGAAGAAUGAAAGAAAAAGCGAGAUUGAUGUUCAGAAAAGUCAAAGUAUUUCUUUUUUGUUUCAACGCACACCAACCGCAUAUUUCCAAACGUUUCCAGUGUUGGGGUUGAGUUUUAAGAAUUCACCAACAAUGUUGUUUUAAAGAGGUUUUCAUCGCUGGAAUGGUUGAGAGACUUAAAAUCUCUGACAAGCUGAGACUAACAUUUUAUUUGGUUGAACAAUGAAGUAAAACAUUUUUUCAUUUCUAGCACUUUACUCAAUUUGAGGAAUGUACAUGUUUAUUGCUGUGGUUAUCAAGUGCUGAAGUAGUAGGCUUAGGCUUUUUUUUGUGAGACAGUAUUUUCCUUAUUUUACUGUAUAGAUUUGUUUGUGUUAUUAAAAAAACUCAUAUGGACCUGAAAAGGCGCAACGCUUGGCAUGAAAAAUUAUUCUGGUCUUUAAUAGCCUUCUACGUCAAUUUUUUUGAAAACGUGUCUAAUAAAACUUUUUUGAAAUAAUGGUGAGCGAGCGUUGCGCCUUUUCCUGUCCAGUGAUGUCUACACAUUUUUAGGUGUCACCUCUACUCACUUUGGUUGAGCACCCGCUACUUCUUUCUAUAAAAAAACUACUAGAAAGGUCAUUGAAUGAUAUCAAACAAUGAUCAUCAAGUUUUUACAAUCAUAUCAAGUUAUUCAUUAAGGUUAGGCUAAUAAGCAUACAGUUUUAAAGGUAGCCCAACUGCUCACAUUUAAAGUACCACAGCUGCGAUAAAUUAGUGUCCCUUUCUAUUAUCUCAGCCACUGGCGCUGGGUUAUAUCAUAAGGACAUCUUCCUUAUAACAUUACUGAAUGUGUUGUUCACAGGUUAUCUCCUCAGAACUGCAGUAUAAUAAUAUAUUCAAAAUACCUCAGUUAUCUGGCUCUGCAUUUUAAAUAACACCCUUCCCUAGACCUAUAUAGUGCACUACUUUGACCGCAACCCUGAUUUGUCUUUGUUAGUGGCUAAGAUGGUUUUCUUAGGAUCUAUUAUUGGACAUUAGUGCAUUAGUGACAGAGCUAUGGGUCUGUUGCUAUAGGCUUCUGGUUUACUGAACAAAUACAAUGGAUUUCAAGGCAUUCUGUCUUGUCUCAAGCAGAGCACAGCAGGAAUCGGACUGGGCUCGCUCACACAAACGCACACACAGGCACGCUGACGCACGCACACACACCGCCUGGCUAAGCCCUACUCACUAUCACUAGGGUAAUAUCUGUGGAACAGGGUGUUUUGUGUUGUCUCAGUCUACAAUCUUCACCCCUAUAAAAAAUAUGUCACAUCUUCAGCAAGAGGUUUACAUUGUGUUUUACAAUAACCACUGUUGUUUUCCGUUGUAGUUCAGUACGGUUUACUUGGUUGCUGAGUUUAAUAAACUGUUACCUUGUUAUGUA